UUUCCCUCUCCCUCAAUUGAGAAACCAUCCUCGCCGCUUUCUAAGAAUUCCCCGCAAUGGCAUCUCCGGCGCCGUCAAACUCCUCCACCGCCGGCCGAACUUCUAACAAACCAUUAGGUCUUAUGGCAAACGCGAUAAAGAGGAAGCACAGCUUCAUACAGUUCUUCGUAAUGUCAAGUAUAAUGCUAAUGAGCUUCCGAUCAUUAGGACAGAAGUACAAAAUCUACGAGCUUGAAGAGGAUACUUAUUCCCUAAAACAAGAACAAGAAGGCCUCAUCAAUCGGAUGAAGAGUAUUAAAAACAGCCUUCUGGAAGAAGCCGCCCGCGAUCCGACUGGCGCUUUAUCUUCCAGACUUCGCCUUCUUUUCGGAGACAAUGAAUGAUUGUUUGAUUCAUUGAUUCAUCGCUGCUUUGGAUUCAAUUUCUAUGAGUGAGUGUUCUUCGGAUUUAUUAAGCAAUUCUGUUUCAGGAUUGUAAUAAUACAGUGCAGAUGAUAUCAUAACACUACUGUUUUAAUUCUUGCUUUAGGGUUUGAAACUUAGAUUUACUUGAGAGAUUUACAAGAUUAACUCUAUAUGCAUGAUCCUCUGUUCUAACCUAAUUAUACAUAUGGAAGAAGGGACAAAUUCAUGCAUUUUUGUAGGGAAAUUAUUCCAUUUCUUCUUGUU